AUGAACAUCCCCUUUGCCUUAUUGGCCUUUUGGGCUUCGUUAUCGCUAGCUGUUUCCCCAUACACGGAGCUUCAUUCUCCUGGCUUCUGUGCAUUAUACGGCAUUGGAGGCAAGGAAUCGUUUAUUGACAUUCCUCUGCCUCAGAAUAUUGAGGCACAGCCAUUGACAGCAGAGGAACGAAACGAACUAGUCGGCAUUUGUGGCUCUUCUUGGCAGAAUUCGGAUACUGCUUGCUGCGAUAUGAGCCAAAUCCAGCAGUUGAAAACCAACUUAGCUAAAGUGAGACCGUUGAUAUCAUCAUGUCCGGCUUGUCAGGAGAAUUUCUUUCAGAUGUUCUGCCAUUUUACUUGCUCGCCCGACCAAUCAACUUUUGUCAAUGUAACCAAGAUCAGCGAAUCGACGUCUGGCAACGACAUUGUUGACGAGCUAGACUUCUAUAUCGAUAGUGCUUCAUUUGCUUCUGAGUUCUUUGAUUCUUGCAAGAAUAUAAAGUUUGGUGCCACAAAUGGCUAUGCCAUGGAUUUAAUCGGUGGUGGUGCUCAUAACUAUUCAGGUUUUCUUAAAUUUUUGGGUGACAAGAAGCCUAUGCUGGGAGGCUCCCCCUUCCAAAUGAACUUCAAGUAUGAGGAUGCCAAGAAUAAGAUAGUUCCAUUCACUACAAUUGCUCGAAAAUGCAACGAUGUUGAUCCAAGAUUUAGAUGCUCCUGCGCAGAUUGUCCGCAAGCAUGUCCCAUUCUUUCAAAGUUGAACCCGUCACACAGAUGUACCGUUGGUAAACUUCCGUGCUUCUCCUUUGCCGUUAUCCUUCUAUAUACAGCUGUAGCUGCCGCAUACAUUUACAUUGUUGCUUUUGCUCAUGGUGACUCAAAAAACUCUUUACUGAAUCUCUUUGACAGGGAAUCUGCUCUGCUUACUGAUGAUAUGGGCGACGACAAUAACGAUGCCGAAGAAACUACUGAACUCUCUUCCGCGGAUGAGAUGAGCAACUUCGACUCUUUCAAGGCUAACAAAUCAUACUUUUUUAAUGACUGGCUUGAAAAACUGUUCUAUCAACAAGGCUUAUAUUGUGCCAAAUACCCAUGGCAUGUUAUUUGUGUUACACUAACAAUUGCAACUAUAAUCUGCUCAUUCAUCUAUAAAUUGCAGCUUGAAAGAGACCCAAUUCAUUUAUGGGUUAGUCCCGAGGCCAAUGCAUACAAACAGAAGGACAUAUUUGAUAAGAGUUUCGGUCCUUUUUACCGGUCAGAGCAGCUAUUUGUUUCCAAUGCUACUGGAGACAGUAUUUUCCAAGACUACGAAUUUGUUAAAUGGUGGUUUGAAAAAGAGGUUGAGAUUCAGACAUUACAAGCUGAAAAUAAGAAUGUUACUUAUUCAGAUAUUUGCUUCAAGCCUACGGGAGAGUCCUGCGCUCUUGAAUCAUUCUCUCAAUACUUCCAUGGAGACAUCAACUACUUACCCGAAUCAUCUUGGAAGCAGAAAAUUUCCAGUUGUGCUGCAUCGCCUGUCAACUGCUUGCCAACAUUCCAGCAGCCGCUUACUCGGCCUUUGCUAUUUGGCGGCGAUUUUGAAAAACCUGUACUCGAUUCUCCAGCAUUUGUGGUUACUCUUCUCCUCAAUAACAAUGAAGAUCAACAGAGCAAUCAGAUUCUUGAAGCAAAAUCCUGGGAAGAACAACUUGAAACGUAUAUCUCUGGCAGUCUUAUUCCAGAAGCAGAGGCAUGGGGUGUCAAUAUAACUUACAACACGGAUGGUUCUGUUGAAAAGGAGAUUAAUAAGUCUUCAAAUACAGAUGUUAAGAUUAUUGUUAUAUCCUACCUUGUCAUGUUUGCAUACGUUUCGAUUGCGUUGGGAACUAGAGGGGGAAAUAUAGUUCCAACAGGCCACAAAUUUGGGAUGGACAGUGUGCUUUCGAUUCUAACUAGAACCAGGUUUGGACUAGGGCUGGCUGGCGUUUUCAUUGUGCUAUUGUCGGUAUUUUCCUCUGUUGGUGUUUGCAGCAUUUUCAACUUAAAAUCUACUCUUAUCAUUGCUGAAGUGAUACCAUUCUUGGUUCUCGCUGUUGGUGUCGAUAACAUUUUUCUCCUCUGCAAUGAACUUCAGGAUAUUAACUACCUAAAUGUGACUAAUGACCUGCAGUUGUGUGAAAGAGUUGCCAAGACGCUUGCCAAUGUUGGCCCUAGUAUUCUACUUAGUGCUACGAGUGAAGUUGCAUGCUUUCUCUUGGCGAGUGCAGUCGGAAUGCCAGCGGUACGUAACUUUGCCAUCUAUUCUGCGUUGGCAAUUUUCUUCAACACCAUUUUACAACUCACCGCGUUUGUUGCUGUCCUUGCUCUCGAUCAGAAACGUCUUGAAGAAGGCCGCCUUGAUCUUUUACCUUUCAUCCAGAUAAGGGAAGGAUUAAUUUCUCUUCCAGAAGACUCGGAAGCUGGAAAUUCGGCAGCUCACGAAGCCAAUCUUUCUGAACUUUUAAGCGGGACUUCCAGCGCUUCAGGUGAUGGCUGGUUUGGUAAUCUCAUUAAGAAGCAUCUAGCUCCCUGGCUUUUCAGGCCUACUGUCAAAAAAGGCGUUCUUAUUUUUUUCAUAACAUGGCUUGGUAUUUCACUCUCUUUGCUUCCAAAAAUUGAACUUGGAUUGGAUCAAAGGCUUGCUAUGCCGGCUGAUUCUCAUUUGGUCGGAUACUUUGAUGACAUGUACAAGUACUUGAAUGUGGGACCUCCAAUAUACUGGGUUGUUGAUAAUAAUAACGUGAGCUCUAUCGAUGAACAGAGACACUUAUGUGGCAAAUUUACGACUUGUGACUCCAUGUCUUUUGUCAACAUUCUUCAGCAGGAAUACAAAAGAGAAGGUUUGAGCACGAUUGCAGAGCCAGUAGCAAUGUAUCUAGUCGAUGGAAAACAAGAUUUUAUUGAUGCUUAUCACGAUUCAAUACGUAUUACCCAGGAAAUCAAGAAGGAACAGCCAGAUCUCGAUGUAUUUGCAUACUCACCUUUCUACAUUUUCUUUGUCCAAUACGAGAACAUUAUCUCCCUUUCCAUUACGUUAAUUUGUAUUGGACUUGUUCUUGUAUUUGCACUAGCAUCUCUUCUACUCGGAUCUUUUACCAAUGCCGCUAUCAUUGUGCUCAACGUUGCGCUGAUUAUGAUUAAUGUUGGGGGGUCAAUGGCUUUGUGGAAUGUCUCACUCAAUGCCGUCUCACUUGUGAACUUGAUGAUCUGCCUUGGAUUGGCUGUGGAGUUUACCGUUCAUCUUGUGCGACACUUCAACUUCAACUUUAACUCUGAAACCGAACCAAAACUUUCCAGAAAAGAUGGUAGGGCGUAUAAUUCCCUUUGCUUCAUUGGAAAUACGACUCUCAGUGGAAUUACUAUGACAAAACUUAUUGGUAUUUCUGUGCUUGGCUUUACCAGAUCGAAAAUCUUCCAGGUGUACUACUUUCGAAUGUGGCUAUCAUUGAUAGUGAUUUCUUCUAUUCAUUCUCUACUCUUGGUGCCCAUUUUACUCGGAUCGUUCGGUAGUACGCGAAACUAUAAGACCUCCUCGUAUGCCGCUGUCGAUAACGAUGAGGUACUCAGACGUCUCAGAGAAACCAACUAG